AUGGUUUCUAUUGGACCCGCUGUGGUGGUGCCAAUCCUUGGCAUCUGCGGUCUGUUGCUGCUGCUGAUUGUGGCGGUGCUGAUUUACUACUGCUGCCAGCUCCGCCGCCGCAGUGUGCCCGGGAAGUACCACAUGUACCCCGGAUUCACGCGCCGCCACGCCUUUGAGUUGUCGUGCUCGCCUGCCCCUGGCGUGCACCAGUCCCCGCUAGAGGUAAAGUUGCAGUGCCUGCAGCAGCAGCCGUGCGAUAUUCUCUUGGAUGUGCAGUACAUGCCGGGCCCUGCGACCGCGACAAGCGGCGGCCCUGGCGCUGGCCACACUGCGCGGCUCCUCGGCACGGAUGAGUGCUACGGUGAACACUUCAUGCUGUACACCGAGCCGCUGGAAUUCAUAGACCCUGGCAGCUACGCGAUCUACGCCUACGCUGUCUACCCCACACUGCGGGUUGUGGGCUCCGUGCACCAGUUCUGCUUCGAGGUUGUGGAGGAGGGGCGGGCCGCCCCACGCGUGGAGGCGCAGGAGCCGCAGCAGGUGAGCGUCACCAUCCAGCGCGACGGACGCGCGAGCCCGUCGUUUGCCGCGCCGGGUUGCCCCACACGGCCACUGCCGCCCCGCAUUAUCCCCGAGAAGGGGGAGGUGACGACCUUCACGCCCAUCACCAUCGCCCUCAACGAGGGCAGCACUACGCCGGAUCAGGUCCGCUACAGCGUCGAUGGCGCGCACCCCUCGCUGCUCUACACGGGCCCCUUCACCCUCUCGCUUCCGCCCUUCAACGCGGAGGACGCGGGCGGGGGGACGCCGGUGGUGGUGCGCGCGCUCACCGUCGCGGCCCACGACGGCUCGCUAACGAGCGACAUCACGGAGGCCUGCCUCACCGUGUAUAGGGCGGGCCACUCCUUUCUGGAUCCAAACAUACCGGCUCCCGUGGCACGAAUCCGCGCCGUGGAGGCGGAGCUCUACUUUGACGAGUCCAGACGCCCGCCAAACACCCAAAUCAUUUAUCAGCUUGUGUACAUUGGGGAGGCCAGGCAGAAGGCUAAGUUUUCGCGUAGGAAGGGGGUUGUGUAUGCGGGGGUGCCGAUACCGUUAAGGGAGGACGUGGCCUUUGUGUACGCCUGGACGGUUAAGGGGGACAACCACGGAAACGACCUCCUCGACCCCAGCACGGAUCAGCGCGGUCACCAGAGAGCACGCAGCUCGGCCGCCGUCUACGACUGCACCCGAGCCACGUCGUGGAAUCGCGGGCCACGCGAGGAGGACGCAGGCGGCGGCCUUCCCCCGCCGUUUAUCUGCGUCCGGUGCAAGGAGAUGGUGGUCUUCUUUGAGGACCCCCCGGCGGGUGGCAUUGUCUGCUACACGCUGGACGGCACCGAGCCCGCGCAGCCGGACACCGCCACCACGGCGAUACACAUGGCAGGGAUUGGCCUGAACGGCGCGGUGCAGCUCCCCAGGAGCCACCAAAAGGCUGUGGCGUUGGGCACGCACAUAUACAGGGAGAAUCAACCCAUUCACGUGACGCUGCUGCGGACGGAGCAGGUCGUCUUGACGGCGCGGACGUUCAUCCCUGUGGUGGACCCUGCCGCCAAUUCCGCUGUGACAGGGUACCGCUUUGGCGAGCGCUUUAGUCGCGGCUUUUCUACAAAGUAA